CCGACCUCGGCCAUCGUUUAAAAGCACAUUCUACAGGUGUCGUGCUAGCAGUCGUGCGAUCGCGCGUCGGCCGUAACUACGAUAGUCGUGAGCCUUUGAGACGGUAUCGAGGUAUAAUAUUGGUAUAUAUUUGAUCUCAUUCGGUCACUCAUUUACCCAUCAAAAUAAUGCAAUGGUCGACGGGCGCGUAUCUGUGCGCGGUCCUGCUCCUGCAGCUUCAUGGUCCGGCGGUGGACGCCAGUUUCUGGGACUUUUUCAAUUUUUCGUCGAUGGUGACGCAAAAGUGGUCGACCAUGCAGGCGAACGACGAUGACAAUGUGGUGCGACAGACGGAGAACUAUUUCCUCCUUCAGUUUCCACCGCGGGUGUUGAAGACCAAUUUGGCCUCGGAAAUGGCCGCCGGCAAAAGGUCAGAGGACGACAUGCUGGUGGUGGGCCACACCAUGGGCAAGGAGGAACAUAGACUCACCAGGUGCACCGGCACCGUGGUCGGUCUGGUGGCGGACGCGGAGCACACGGAGGGCAAUGCCGUCAUACGCCUCACACCGGAUAUUAAUGAGUAUCCGGCAAAGAAGUCUGUUGGCGAACACUUUGAUGCGAUCAAGGGCUAGUUCGUGGACAUUGCGGCGAAACCUCAGUACAAGCCGCUGCGGACGCGCAUCGAGGGCGGCUUAGAGGCGUUCGCGGACCGAUAGGACGACAUUGAGGCGAAAUUGUUCGAUGUCAAACUCGUCGCUUGGGUCAUGAUGGGCUUACAUGUAAUCAGUGCUGUCAAGACACCGAGAAGGGGGUUGUUAGGAAUGUGCUGAUUAUUUUAAAAAAUAAUGUAGCCGACCACCAGCCCACAACCGUUUUGGAAUUAUUCGAAACGUACAUCCCCUUGUUCCGUGCCACCCUUGAGGCCGAAUUGAUCGGGGACACCGGUGGCAUCUGACUGAGGAAGUUGUUCUCCGUCUGUCGCACCGUCUCUUCGCCACUGGCGAUCGCCUGCACGAUCGACUUCGAUAGCAGCUCAGGCACCCGAAGGAAGGCCAAGAGACCGGAGUCCACCUCCGGCCCCUGCAGCUGCAGGAGCAGGACCACGCACAGACACGUGACCAUCGACCACUGCAUUAUUGUGACGGGUAAGCGGGUGACCAAAUGAGAUCAACUAUAUACCAAUAUUAUCCCACGAUACCGUCGCAAAGGCUCGUGACUAUCGUAGUUACGGCCGACACGCGAUCACACGACUGCGAGCACGACACCUGUAGAAUGUGCUUUUAAAUGAUAACCGAGGUCGGCAAAAGAUCAAUAGCCACCGAAAACAACAUUAUAAAUAUGGAAUAUUUAUCUAUAUAUCAAUUAAAGGUUAUAUGUUAUUA